AGAUCUCCUUCUGGUUCGUUUGAAAACACUUGAGUAUCUUAUAGUUAUAAUCCAGAUUUCUCAUACCUUUCUCAAGACGAGAACGAAUUUGCUGUUCUACCAGCAAAAUCCCAGUAAAGAUUCUCUAGUUCUUGGCAUUCUCAACCUUCCGGAAAAGGACAGUAAGCCGUCUGAGGAGUAAUGCAGUCCGCCACUGCACAUACGAUCUUCCUUUGCGAUCGGGCUGAUUUGCAAUGGCAGCCGAUGACAUGGAAGUACUAAUAGCAGGUCAGAGCGGCCUAUGUACUGACACGGCGGGUCAAGUAUAUUCUCCAGGCUCGAUCCGGCCCCACAAUGCUUUUCUUCGCGCUCCUCACACAGGCUUCUUUCGUGGCCGCGAAGCCUACACUAGACGAUUCACGGCCCUAUUAUCACUUUCUACAGACCAGACAAGAGUAUGGCAGGCAGAGCAACAAUGCCUCUGCGACCGAGAUCGAUCUCGGAUAUUCCAUCUACAGAGGCGUAUCAAAUAGCAGUUCAGGGUUGAACAUCUACAAAGGGUUUGUCAAAUAGUAAUUUACCAAAAGCGUCACUAAAGAAAGUUCAGGAUUCGAUUCGCAGAAGCACCAACUGGCAAACUGCGAUGGCAGGCUCCACGAGCUCCAGUUCUCAACCGUAGUGCAGUCAUGGAUGCCUCAGAAUAUGCAUCCAUAUGCCCCCAGAAUUCGGCCGCAACUGCCACGAUGAGGCCGACGAACCAGACUGGUGCUGCUGAAGACUGCUUGUUCUUGAAUGUCUGGACUCCGAACAACGCGACUAGUCCAAUGCCCGUAUUUGUCUGGAUUCACGGUGGAGGCUACGGUGGCGGCAGUGGUAUUGCUGAUCCUUCAGAGUUGAUCAACACGAAUGGUAACAAUUUCGUGGCUGUCACUAUUCAGUAUAGACUGGGCGCAUUCGGCUUUUUAUCUUCAGAUGAGGUCUACCGCAAAGGAGCUGUCAACGCCGGGUUGCUAGACCAGCAACUCGCUCUCCAAUGGGUUCAGCAAUACAUCCAUGCUUUCAACGGUGAUCCGACUCAAGUAACUAUUGGAGGCGUAUCUGCAGGUGGUGGAUCUGUCAUGCUCCAAGGCAUGGCUUACGGCGGCUCGCAAGGAACCCAGCUCUUCAGACAGACCUUCGCUGCGAGUCCAUUUCUGCCCAUGCAGUACGGAUACAACCAUUGGGUACCGACCCAGUCUUACUAUGCUCUUGCAUCUGCAGUGGGUUGCAACACCAUGAAGCCGUAUGGGGCCAACGGCACUCAGCAAAUUUUCGAAUGUCUGCUCGACGUAUCCUCCGAAGCACUAAUUAAUGCCAGUGCCACCAUCUCUCAAUCUGGCUCCUAUGGGACCUGGGCUUUCUUGCCCGUCACGGAUGGCUCGCUGGUUCAAGACCUACCAAGUCGGCAGCUCGCACGCAGUAGAGUGAAUGGAGUCAACGCCUUGAUCGGCAACAAUGCCAAUGAAGGAACCUUCUUCACACCUUCCAUCAUUCACACCGAGGAUGAUCUUGUCGCUUGGCUUCACACGGCAUUUCCUCUCUUCGAUGAAAAUGACAUCGCCAAGGUCUUGUACUACUAUCCAACCACCAAUGUUUCGACAGAUCCCAAAGCACCUCUUUUUGCAACGAGCGGCGACAGAGGGCCAACAGCACUAAAUCAAAGCUCUGUCGCCACCGGCCAACAGCAACGUGCCGACAACAUCUACGCAGAGACCACAUUCGUGUGCCCAGCCUACUGGUUAGCUGAAGCAUACUCUGGUAAUGCGGUAGGCGGCAAAGCAUUCAAAUACCAAUUCUCGCUCCCGCCAGCACUACACGGCUUUGACACUCUCGCCUACCUCCCACCUCCAGGAGAAUACUACUACAUCUCAGACUUCAACAACGCUUUCCAGAAGCUACUCGGCAACUUCAUCGUCGCAGGAAACCCUUCCAUCUCCAACGAAAUCGCCAAUGGAGUCGAGCUCACCUCUCUAGCAAAUCUUACUGCUGCUGCCGGAAACUUUACGACGAAUGCUGCUAGUCAUUGGCCGGCGUACACGAUUUCGGAACCUUUUCAGAUUGAUCUGAACACGACGUGUGGGAGCGGGAGAACUCCGUAUGAGGACAUCCCGGGCGUAUACUUUUGUAGUGGACCAGGCACUUUCAAUGAUUUCCGCCUUGUUAAUGCUUAUACUUGGGAAGGGGGAAGGGGGAUGAGGUGCGAUUUUUGGAGGGCUAUGGGGGAGCUUGUACCCGAAUGAGUCGGGACGAUAGAUGAGUAGAGAAUACACUGCAGACCAUAUGUCACCC